AUGGCUCCAUCCACACCAACCACUCCUACUACCGGUACUACCACGAACAAGAAGGAUAAAAAGGAAGAGGAAUCAGCACCUUCUGGAUUUUGUUUCCGAGCAUUUACAGUGUUCCUGUGGUACAUUGGAUCAUCGGUGAUUUUUAUUGGAUUAUUCGCUUUGCUUGCUUAUUAUUAUGAAAACUUUUAUUCAAAGGGAAUUUUGAAUCCUUUUGAAAAGAAAUAA